UCUCUAUACAAUUUAUAAUUUUCUACUACCAAACAAUGGCAUCUUCAGUGUUCCCACCUGGUACAUUGAUUCAAUCAUCCAAGUUCCAAAGUAAAUCAACAUUAAAAUUUAAAGAUUCAAACCAUAAACUUGGAAAACUGAAUUUUGCAAUCAAAUGUGAAGCAUCAGCAGAGUCAUCAUCCGGUAAAUCAAAACAACUGCAACAACCCUUGGCAUCCACAACAAUAACAAAAUCAGAGUUAGUUGUAGAAGAUGAAACCUGGCUCUGGUCUCAAAUCAAAGCAGAAGCACUUCGUGAUGCAGAAUCUGAACCAGCGUUAGCAUCAUACUUAUACUCCACUAUCCUCUCUCACUCAUCUCUUGAGAGAUCAUUAUCAUUUCAUCUAGGUAACAAACUGUGUUCCUCAACUUUAUUAUCAACACUUCUAUAUGAUUUGUUUCUGAACUCGUUCGCUACCGAUCCCGAUUUACUCUCUGCAACUGUAGCCGAUUUAAAAGCAGUCCGAGCUCGUGACCCGGCUUGUGUAUCUUACUCACAUUGUUUGUUGAAUUACAAAGGAUUUUUAGCUUGUCAAGCACAUAGAAUUGCACACAAAUUAUGGGUCGACUCUCGUCGUCCGUUAGCCUUGGCAUUACACUCUAGGAUUGCAGAUGUAUUCACGGUGGAUAUACACCCGGCAGCCAAGAUUGGGAAAGGGAUAUUGUUUGAUCAUGCUUCUGGGGUUGUGGUAGGGGAAACUGCAGUGAUUGGUAAUAAUGUGUCAAUUUUGCAUCAUGUAACGUUGGGUGGGACGGGGAAUUCGGUUGGUGAUAGGCACCCAAAGAUUGGUGAUGGGGUGUUGAUUGGUGCAGGAGCCACUAUAUUAGGGAAUAUUAAGAUUGGUGAAGGAGCUAAAAUUGGUGCAGGGUCUGUUGUGCUAAUUGACGUGCCUGCAAGAACGACUGCUGUGGGUAAUCCUGCAAGAUUAGUUGGUGGAAAAGAGAAACCUUCUCGGCAUGAAGAUGUUCCUGGUGAAUCUAUGGACCAUACCUCUUUCAUAUCUGAAUGGUCCGAUUACAUUAUAUGAACAAUGUCUGAUAACAAAAUAAAUUUGAUUUCACUUCUUCUAUUCUUCAAUAAGUUUUUAUGCCAGUAUACUUACUUGGAGUCUUUGAUAGAGUUUUUUUAUGUUGUUAUUAAGAAAAAGAACUUUGUCUUUUGCUAUGGAUUUUGUUUUGGAAAUUAGUAUUCUCAUAUAGUGCAAAUUGCUUAGAGUAACUUUUCUGUUUGAAGUAUUA